AUGGGAGCGCAAAUCUCCAAAACCGCCGGGAAAGACGAGGCCGCGGCGGAAAAGCCCGCAGAAGGAGCGGCUGUUGCGUCGAAGGCGAACGGACAGCAGGGGUCUGUGGUCGCCCCUCACCGUGGCAUGGCCAUUUUAAAAAUCGGUACCACGCCUUUGUUGCCAGAGAAGCCGGGCAACAAGACUGGAGAUGCACACCGAGGCCAAAAAGCACCCACUGAAGAGGUGCCAAAAGAAGAAGGCGAAAAAGUAGAGGACGCCGAGGCCCAAGGAGACAAGGAGGCAUCCACCACAAACGGGGAGACCUCUGCCAAGCCGGAGGAAGGUACCCCGUCCACCAGCGAGGACGGCAAGCAGAAGAAAAAGCGUUUCUCUUUCAAGAAGCCCUCCUUCAAGCUCAGCGGCUUCUCCUUCAAAAAGACCAAGAAGGAGUCCGAAGAGGCAUCUGAGGAGGGGGCGGCCGCUGCUGCAGACCCGGCCGAAGGUGAGAAAUCCACCGAGGCCCCCGCCGAGGAGGCCGAGCCGGCUGAGGGGAGCGGAGGGGAAAUCAAGGAGACCGCAGCCGAAGAGGCGAAGGCGGAGGAGCCGAAGGCCGAGCAAGCAGCUGAAGGAGAAGAGAAGCCGGCCAAAGCUUCUCCAACCGAGCCAGAGACGGCAGCCAGUCCGGAGGCCACCGCCGUCACCGAGUAACCCCUGCUGAACAACGCACCAGAAUGAAGGAGACGAUGUAGCCUGUCUGAAGGAACUCGAGGACUUGUCUAAAACCAGGGAAUUUUUUUUUUUGUUAAUUUUCUCUUUUGUUGUUUUUUUUUUGUCGUAUAUGUUUACUACUCUACAACCAUCUCAUCCAUAAUGACUGCAAAGUCCCAAGCAGUGAUGGACAGGAGGUGCAGCAGAGAGCGAUGCUCCUCACUGCUUCUUGGUGCUUGCAUUUGUAACAUGGGUGAGUGUGAAAGUGCAUAAUGUGAGUGGAUUUAUUAUUUUUUUUAUUAAGGUGAUACCAUCACAACAUUACUGAAUCUUUUUUUAUUUCCAUAUAUUUAAUCAAAGUAUUUGGUGCUGGGCAAUUGGAUGUAGCAGCUCAAGCUGUCUCUGCAAGGUCUGACACAGUGUGAUAUUUAAAGGGGAGGUCCUUAAGCGAGUCUUAAGUUGUCAUUGCAGUGUACAGUUGUUUACAACUCUCUAAGCUCAACGCUCCUGUGAACACAAACCAUUCCUGAAAUAGAUUUAGCCGUCAAAACGAUGAUUGGUGCUCACCACUUUCCAUUAGACUCCACCGUUUCAAAAUCCUGUAGUGAUGCACGUUGUAUAGACUUUGAUAUUACUGGUUUUAUGGCUGAGAUGUACCUAAUGACUGAAGUUUUUAACUGAUUACCCAUUGUAAAUGAAGUUUUUCUUUUUUCUUUCUUUUUUUUUCACCAUUUGUAAGAUUGAAUAAAAUUGGGAGAUGUUUUAAGCAGACUUUUGCAUCAUGCUGUGAUGACUGCAACACCACUCUGAAUCCACAAGUCAAAAGCACACAAAGUCAGGAUUUCAGACGCUGUCCUCUACCGGCUUCUCUUUCUGUAUAUAACGAGGCUCACAUUUUUUCAGUACGGAAUGUAACAUUGCCUGCAAAAACUGGUAACAAGGUGUUGAGUUUGUUUCCUGUGAAUUCUGAAGAAUAAAACGAUGAAGUGUGA